CCUGAUUUGCAGGCAAAUUCUUUACUAGCUGAGCCACUAGACAAGCCCAGUUGGUCUAUUAAGCAACUAAUUAUGACUUGGUUUAUAAUACAAAACAAGUUUGCCAUCUGAUUCCAAAUUUUCCUUGGAGAAGAUGCUUCUGUAAUAUACCAGUCUGUGUGAUGAUAAACUGGAUUGGGAGAAACUACUUAAAACCUAUAAUAAGUAUUGAUUACUGUGAGGUUUGUCAACUAUAGAGAUAAAUUAUUCUAUGUAAUUUUGCAUAUGAAAAAUACUGAGGCCAAAUGUAACACAUUAUUUAGCUGCAGGCCUGGAUUUAUUACUGAUUUCCUUUUCCUCUUUGAUGUUUUUUUGCUCACAGCCACUGCUUGAGAAAUAACUCUACUAGGAAGAUAUUUUCUCAGUUAUUUGCGGUCUUAUAUCAUGAAUGCUUUGCUUUUCCAGGGCUGCCUGGUGCACAGACAUGCAGAACUACACUUCCGUGUCAGAGUUCAUAUUGCUGGGAAUUCCUAACACUGGAGGGCUGGAGAACUUGCUAUUCAUCCUGUUUCUGAUGUUCUAUCUCUUCACUUUACUGGGAAACCUGCUCAUCUUCCUCACCAUUCUGGUUUCUUCCAACCUCCACACCCCCAUGUAUUUCUUCCUGGGGAACCUGUCAGUGUUUGACAUCUUUUUCCCUUCAGUGAGUUCCCCCAAAAUGAUGCUCUACCUAAUGGGCCAAAGCUGAACCAUCUCUUACCAGGGUUGUGCCUCCCAGCUCUUCUUUUACCACUUCCUGGGUGGUACCGAGUGUUUCCUCUACACUGUGAUGGCCUAUGACCGCUUUGUGGCUAUUUGUCAUCCUUUGCGAUACAUGGUUAUCAUGAACCCUAGAGUGUGUACCACCUUGACAGUGGGCUCUUGGCUGGGUGGCUGCCUACAUGGAAGUAUCCUCACAUUUCUUGUCUUUAAGUUACCCUACUGUGGCCCCAAUGAGGUGGACAAUUUCUUCUGUGACAUCCCAGUGGUGCUACCCCUGGCCUGUGCAGACACCUCUCUAGCUCAGAUGGUAAGCUUCACUGAUGUGGAUUUUGUGACUCUUACAUGUCUUAUCCUUAUUUUUACUUCCUAUGGUUGCAUUGUCCUUUCCAUUUUCAAAAUCAGAUCCUCCGAAGGCAGGCGCCGAGCUUUUUCAACCUGCAGUGCCCACCUGAUUUCAAUCAUCUUGUUCUAUGGGCCUGUGAUGCUCAUCUAUCUUUGGCCUGAUUCUAGCCGCUGGUUAGACUCUGUUAUCCAAGUGUUAAAUAAUAUUGUCACCCCUUCCCUUAAUCCUUUGAUUUAUACCUUGAGAAACAAGGAUGUGAAGCUGGCUCUGAGGAAAGUAUUAACUUAAGUGGUCCAUGUUCUGGGGCAUAAAGUAUGGUGGCAGUUCCUCUCUGAAAUUCUUUGAGGAGUUGCUUCAGAUACACUACUUAGAA